UGGUUGCAAAGUUCCCGUCAAGAUUGUCGAGAACUACAACUCCCUGAGCGUACAGUGCCUGUCAUUACUUAGCUGUUUAUGGCGUCUGUUUGUAUGCGUUAUAGAUCUCCCCGCUGAUAUAGUCUCGAUUUCUUCAUGGUUGUUUUAUUUUGAUUGUCUGGCUUCGUCAUGGAGUGCGUCAGCAUGGAGACUGGAAAUCCACUGACACUGCUGCGCUUCGAGGCAGCCGUGAAAGUGAUCAAGAGUUUACCUCCGGAUGGUUCUUUUCAGCCGUCAAACGACAUGAUGCUCAAAUUCUACAGCUAUUACAAGCAGGCCACGCUAGGCCCGUGCACAAUCCCACGGCCUGGCUUCUGGGAUGCUGUGGGGAAAGCAAAAUGGGAUGCUUGGAAUUCACUUGGGGACAUGGCAAAGGAAGAGGCAAUGGCGGCCUAUGUGAAUGAGAUGAAGCUGAUCCUGGAGGGAAUGCCGAUCACGGACGAGGUGGAGGAGCUGCUGAAGGUGAUGGGUCCGUUCUACGAGCUGGUGGACGAGAAGAAGAGGAUAACGCAGAUAUCCGACCUGAGCAGUGGCUUCGGGACAAUGCUGUCUUCGAGACCGUCAAAGAGUGUCACCAAGAGCAUCAUCAGGAACCUGGAGCUGAACGGCUCUCUGGAGGGCCGGCCCACCAGAACCAGACCCGAGCUCCUGGCCGGGGAACCUGCAGAGGAAGAGGAGGAGGACGAUGAUGAGGAUGAUGAUGAAGAGGACGAAGAAGAUGAGGAGGAGGAGGAGGCAGAAGAGGUGGAGACACACAAGGUCAAAAAAGACCAUAACUCCAAUAAAAAUGCUCCGUCGAGGAGAAGCAAGGGUCACCUGACCAAUGGAAAGAUGGCUAAUGGUGGUCCCCACCUGACCAACAGACCUCAACCCAAGGCUACUCUGAACGGCCAUGACGGGCCCCAGGACGCGGCUCACGUCAAUGGACACACUCACCCAGACCCCAGUGAGGAGCAGUCCGGUCUAAGUCCGGCCAAUGACUCCGACAGCGAGGUCUACUGUGACUCUGUGGACCAGUUUGGUCAGGAAGAGGGCUCCGAGAGGAACCGCAGCCCGCAGGACCUGGACGAAGACGAGGUCCAGGGCUCUUUCUCCCCCACGCCAGAGGGGGAGACCCACACACACCCGCCGGGGGAGCUGCCCGGGCCCGGGGAGGGGGUGCAGCGCGGGGGGGAGGAGGGGGAGGCCGGCGGGGGCAGCUCCCACAGACAGAGUCGCAGCGGGGACACGGCAGGGAGGUCCCAGGCCAGGGGAGGGAGAGGCUCCCGGCCACCCGGGGGCUCCGCUUCGGAGAGGCUGGGGACGGGCGGCUGGCAGGGGGAGGAGGGGGACGGGGAGCGGUGGGGGGGCGCCGGGACCCCCGCCGGGAGCCUCAACGAGCAGAUCGUGGUGGCCCUGGGACGGCUGCAGGAGGACAUGCAGAGCGUCCUGCAGAGACUGCACACCCUGGAGGCCCUCAGCGCAACGCAGGUUAGAGGAUCACCACGGGUUAGAGGAACAACACUGGCGAGGUCGAUGGCGAUGUCUCCUACGUUCGGGUCACCCAGAGUGAACAGGUCAAGCAAGCAGACCCCGUCCUGGUGGCCUUUCGACGUCUCCCCCGGCACGGUGGCGUUCGCGGUGGUCUGGCCGUUCGUGGUGCAGUGGCUCCUCCGCCUGUACCUCCAGCGGAGGAGAAGGUAACGCAUUAAAAGAAGAAUCGACUGAAGCGGUUUGGACCGGAACCCCCAUGGUGACGGCACGGACCGCCACAUUUGACCCGAGAAUCCUUUUUGCCGUGUUGGUUUGGGUAGCUAACAGCUGUCCCCCCCCCCCCCCCCUCCCCCACUACCACUACUACAUAGUCAGUAGCUUUUGCACUAGGAGUAUGGCACCAAACGACAAUAGACAAGUAGAAAAAGGGCGAGCAAGAGGAAGAGGGAGUCUCCUGGACUAAAUGUGGAAUUGAAGAUAGAUGAAUGUAUUGAAUGUAUUGAGGGCGACUGAAGGCCUGAAUUGUGUGUUUUCAAGAAGAAGGAUUUGUAUAGAAAGACUAUUUUCUUUGGGAAAGAAGGAAACCCUGAGAGGAGAGGAUUAUGGUUCAAGAAGAAGAAAAUCAACGGUUUAAAUCAUUCAAACUAGUCCAUGCGAUGACUGCUUUAGUAUUUUUUCACGGUGCUUCUAUAUUUAUGUUUGAAUAUGGGCAUCAUCUUUUAAUUAUUCAUAAUUCUGUAUAACGCAUUGUUUGUCAAACCUGUUUGUCAUUAGUUGCCCGGAUAAUGCUGCUACAUGUUCUGAUAAUUGUUUCGAGGCAAUGAGGGUCAAAUGUGAAGAUAAUAAAUAGUUAAUCAACUCAAAUACUUAAUAAAAUAAGACUCAAUAAAAAGGCUCAAUAGUUUGUAUAACUAUUUAGUAUAAUGGCUUAAAGUACAUCUGAAGUUUGUGUAUUACACCUGAUCAUUCAUUGUAAUUAUUAUUAUUUUUUUUUUUAAUCCAUAUCCAUCCACUGUUUUACUCACUGAUCAUUAUUUUCAUACAUUAUAUUAAUUUAAUUGUUUUCCAAAUGCAAAAAGUGGCUCAACAUCAUAAGGUACUCUUAGCACUGGUGUAGCAAAAAUAAAAUGUAAAAGGUUGAAUAAAAGUUGUUGAAGCACACCUGUUUAGUCCCGGACCAAAAUUACAAAUUUGUGAGUUACGCUGGAUUUAAUAAUGUCAUAAUGAAGUUAUUAAUUGGUUUUGAGUGAUUUCACCUGAAUCUUUUGUCUUUAACCAAGUAGCCUUUCUUAUUCUGUAGCUACAUGCUUUAGCACCCAUCAGUGGGGUUCCUGUAGCUACUGUGGUUUGUGAACUAAUUUAAAUGUUUAAUGUGAAGAUAUCAUUGUAUAAAUAGACAAUGUUAAGUUUAUUUCCAAUGGUUAUAAAUAGUUAUAAUAUUGCUUAUACUGCGUGUGUAAAUGUUAGCAAGCGGUGAGAAUGUGUGUAUGCAUUAUAUACAUAACUGUUAUAAUUAAAAUGCAACAUUUUAAAUGCAUUGUGUUAAUAUAGAAUGUAUAUCAGAUGUAGCAAGAGCUUUGAAUAUACAGUAUAUAAUCUUUACAGAGAAUUGUUUUAUCAAAUAAUAAAAGUUUACCUUUUUACUGAAAUCAACUAAGGCUUUCGCUAUAUUUCUGCCUUCCAAUGGAGGAGUUUGCAUGUUUAUCGAUAAGGAGCUGCGAAUAAAAGAAAAUAAUAAAAGAAAGUGUAUUUUGAGACAUGCAGGCCUGUCAAU